AUGGGGAGAGGCUGCCCAAACGCAUUGCGGGGCUCGUGCGCGACCGCAUCAAUUGGGCACGGACUCCAAAUGGCUGCAGCGGACGCCGACGACGCGUCCCCUUGUCGCUCGUCGGCAGCCGUAGCGGCAGCACUACGGACGAGAGGCUACUGCUACCUGCAGCUGUCGAGCGCCGAACGACGCGCAACCAAGAAGCUGUUUGAUGCCGCCGCCGCGUUCCACGACGCCGACGAAGGCUGGAAGGCCCUCGCCCAGCACCAGCCGACGAAACGCGGCGGCUAUUACAAAGCCGGCGAAGAGCCGACCUAUGACCAGUCGGACCCAGUCUCGGGCGUGGAAGACUUCUCUGUCGUGUCGACGGGCGACGACCAGAUCUGGCCGGAGGGAGAACGAGGCGACGCGCUGCAGGACGCUGCUUUGAGUUACCUGGACGUCGCCGACGCCGCGGGGCAGGUUGUCCGCGAUGCGCUCGGCAGCGUCCUGGCGCCGACGAAGAAGCGCCGCCGGCGUGCUGAAGCGCUCGAGGCGACGCCGUCGAUGCUGCGACUCCUGCGCUACCCGGUAGCGGGUGGCGACCUCUCUGCGCACAGCGAUUUUGAAUGUUUCACGUUCGUGCACCAGCGCGUGGCCGGGCUCGAGGUUCAGGUCGACGGCGUCUGGCGGCGUCUGGCGGCUUCGGCCGACGACUCGCAUUGUGUCCUUCUCGCGGGCGACGCCGUCGAAUAUGUGUCGGGCGGUGCCGUGCGCGCGGCGAGGCACCGCGUCCGGUCAUCCGCUCCACGCGAUUCAAUCGUAUUGUUCCACGCGGCGGCCGACGACGCCGUCUUGGAGCCGCGCGCCGGCGACCGGUCCGCGUACGACGCCGCGCGUCGAGCGGCGGACGAGCACUUUGGGUCUGCGGCGCCGUUGACGCAGCGGCGGCACGUGCGGUGCCGGGUUGAGAGGGCGGAGAAGAAUAAGUGAGGUUGUUGUUGUAUUCCUGUACGAAUAUCUAGCGGUUUGUACCCUACUUUAGGUCAUCCUGAAUUUAUUUUUUUAUUAUUAUUUGCGGGGCAAGCCUCCAAGCGGCGUGAUGUGGAGCCCUGCCUCCUCCGUCCUCAAUUUCCAAAUUUAUUAUUAUUACCAGUAGGGGGGUCGGUAACAUAAGUUAGGACCAUCGCGUCCCUGGUACCAUACUUCAGCUGCGUAGGAGACGUCGCCGCCGCGGCCCCGUAACAACGCGCGGAGUGUGCGAGCCGACGAUCGCCGGCCGCCGCACCUCUCCCCUUUAGUCAGCUAACUCCACGCCGCAGCGCAGCCGCCGCCAGCCGGCGCCCGCAUAGUUCUAAGGCAAUUAGUACAGUCCCCACUGUUUCGCCCCCCGCGGCCAUGGGCGACCCCCCAACCACCCCAAGCGGCGAGCGCCCCAUCGCCGCCUUCGACCUGGACCACACGAUCCUCCACAUGCUCGCCGCGAACCAUGUGCCCGACGAGGCCAAGGAGCUCAGCGAGGACGUCGUGACGUUCGAAGUCAAUGAUGUGGAGUAUGCGAUCUCAGUAAGGGUGGGCACGACGGCGCUCUUCGAGGCACUACGGAAGAAGGGUGUCGAUAUUGCGGUCGUCACGUGUAAUUUGAUGGGCGACGAGAUCCUGACCGCGUUAGGUGAAAGGUGCGACGUGUUUGAAGAUGUGCCCGUGCACGUGAUUGAAAGCCGGGAGAAGGGCGCCAAGUGUUUGAAGACGCUAGGUCUCAAAAGAAGUAAAGUGGUGAUCUUCGACGACUCGCUGAACGCGUGGGUCCCGGAGGACCAGGAGUUCGUCUUUGAAGCGUUGCGGUAUGAUGUCCAAGCCCUGGCCGGGUUCCUGAACGAGGACACGGACGAGGGCGACGCCAAGGUCGACACGGAGCUCGGGUACCUUACGUCCAUAAGGGAGAGCCUGCUGUCGUUUUUUGAUGUGGCCAAGAUCGACUUCGACGACGACGCCGCCUCCGACGCGGGGUCCGAGGCCCAGGCGCCGCGGCGGUCCGCGUCGUUCAGCCUGGAGCAGAGCCCCGCGCAGCGGGACCUGAAGCGAGCGCUCUCGGCCGAGGACCCAGGGGGGGCGAAGAAGGCAAAGAUACAAUCGCUGAGCGACAACAAUGUGACGUUAAAUAAACCUGUAGCUGUGGGACAGGACUCAUCAUAGCUGCGGCGCCGCGUCCCCCGGAAGGGGUUCCAUCUGUCAUGUUGUUGCCACCGCUACGUCAUCUUGGUAAAGUAAAUGCGUCGCGGGGUAUCCUUCACAACCAAGCAAGAGCGCUGGCGUCGUCGGUCCCCCCUCUCGUGCGCGCGCGGCGGCCGGUAACGUGCGCGUACACAACGUGUCCCUCUCCCCCUCUCCUCCCCUUGACUAAGACAUUCCCGU